GUGAGGGCUGUGGUUGCUUCCGAAUCUGCUCGCCCUGUGGGCUUAUUUAGAAGAGCAUAGGUAAGAGCGCUGUAAUGGCCGUGCAAGCGCAGAACCGCUCCAGCGACUUCGCUCCGGAUUUCCGCGGCAGAGAUAGGGACUUCCUCGCCGUAAUCACUCCGAGUAGUGCCCUCCUUGUAGCCCACGUCCAUCUUGGAGAGAAGCAGAAGAUAUUGAUUAAUGGAGAUGCAGGGAUCAGCGACCCGGAGAGCGAGCUGACAUGCAAUGCUUCUGGAUCGAGGAAGAGGAGUCGAGACGACGGCGAAGUCAUGGUUCUCCCCCAUGCCGGUCACUGGAACAAUCACCACCCGCAGCAGCACCAUAUCUCUCACGGGAUGCAAUUUGCCCCAGUGAUCAACCCCAAGUAUGCCGGGUUGCACCUGUCCUACGAACAGAGCCGCCUGCAGGGGUCCGCCGGCACGUCCACCAGCGGCCGGCCGCCGGCCAUCUCCCCUCUCGUCCAAGACCUCGUCUCUCAUCUCUACCACCAGAGCCUCGAGAUCGACGCCCUCAUCGGAUUCCAGAGCGAGAAAUUUCGUUCGGGAUUGGAGGAGGCGCAGAAGAGGCAUUGCCGGGCCCUUCUCUUGAUCCUGGAGCAGAGGGCGGAGAAGAGGCUUAAAGAAAAAGAAGCGGAGCUAGAGAGCGUGGGCUGGAGGAACGCGGAGCUGGAGGAGAAGGCGAGGCAGGUCCAGGCGGAGAGCCAGAUGUGGUUCAACAUGGCCAAGAACAACGAGGCCAUCGCCGCCAGCCUGAGGGCCACCCUGGAAAAAGUCCUCCUCCGGAACGCCGCCGGCUGCGUCGGUGGCCGGGCCAAGGAGGGGUACGGCGACACCGAUGGCGCCCCGUUCCCGGCUGAUGAUGCCCAGUCGUGCUGCUUCGAGGAGGAGGCGGCGGCAAGGGGGAUCUUCGGCGGCGGCAGAGAGGAGCUCCGGUGGCGGAGACCGUGCAAGGUGUGCGGGGUAAAGGAGGCAACUUUUGUGCUGCUCCCCUGCCGGCAUCUUUGCUUGUGUAAGGACUGCGAAUCGAUGGUUGAUACGUGCCCAAUCUGCCAAUCCUCCAAGAAUGCUUGUUUCCAAAUUUAUCUCUCCUGAGGGCGUCCUUAAUUCGGUUUUCUUUUUUAGAAUUUUGGAGGGCACUUGGUGCUCUGUCGGACAAUUGUUAAACUGGUGGGAAAAAGAAAAAAAAAAGGUAUGAUCUACUAAA